GAGCAGGAUCGGACCCGUCGGUCGGGCUUUGAGUGGCUGGAAAUUCCCGUCCUCGGCGGCUCCUCCCCCGCAGAAAUCCCCUCGCCGGGGUGUAUAUGCCCAGCGCCGCCGCCUGCGCCGCACACUCGCAUCGCGCCGUAGCUCCGCCGCCAUGAUCAGCGCCCACCGCCCCGCCGAGCCGCCCGUUAUGGAGGGCUACGAGCAAGCGAAGAAAGAGCGUCAAGGAGGGCUCCCCCUCGACGAUCGCCACGACAGCGGCUUGGAUUCCAUGAAGGAGGAGGAAUACCGGCAGCUGGUGAAGGAGCUUGAGGACAUUCGCCUGCAGCCCCGCGAACCGCCCGCCUGGGCACGGCAGCUGACGGAAGACGGAGACACUUUUCUCCAUUUGGCGAUUAUUCACGAGGAAAAAGCCCUGAGCCUGGAAGUGAUCCGGCAGACGGCCGGGGACCGUGCUUUUCUGAACUUCCAGAACAACCUCAGCCAGACUCCUCUUCACCUGGCAGUGAUCACCGAUCAGCCUGAAAUUGCUGAGCAUCUUGUGAAGGCUGGAUGUGACCUGGAAAUCAGAGACUUCCGAGGGAACACCCCCCUGCACAUUGCCUGCCAGCAGGGCUCCCUCAGGAGCGUCAGUGUCCUCACACAGUACUGCCAGCCUCACCACCUCCUCGCUGUCCUGCAGGCGACCAACUACAACGGACAUACGUGUCUCCAUCUGGCCUCUAUUCAAGGAUACCUGGCUGUUGUUGAAUACUUGCUGUCCUUGGGAGCAGAUGUAAAUGCUCAGGAGCCAUGCAGUGGCAGAACAGCACUACAUUUGGCUGUUGACCUGCAGAAUUCAGAUCUGGUGUCACUUCUGGUGAAGCAUGGGGCGGAUGUGAACAAAGUGACCUACCAGGGCUAUUCCCCCUAUCAGCUGACGUGGGGAAGAGACAACUCCAGCAUACAGGAACAGCUGAAGCAGCUGACCACAGCCGAGCUGCAGAUGUUGCCCGAAAGUGAGGAUGAAGAGAGCAGUGAAUCGGAGCCUGAAUUCACAGAGGACGAACUCAUAUAUGAUGACUGCCGUAUUGGAGGACGACAGCUGGCAUUUUAAAGCAGAGCUUUCUGUGAAAAGAAGUGACUGUGUAUCUCUGUAUAGAAAAAGGACUGACUUUCUUCAUUUAAAAAGCAAGCCACAAGGGAGAGGAAAAAUCAAGGAGGGAAAUACAAAACUGCCUGGCAAGGAGCACGUAAUUGUAACAGGAUGGUUCCAGGUUCUGGCCUAUGUUUAAAUGCAGGAGUGGGAUGUGUAACAUCAGUAGAGAUCUGUGAUUAGUCACGCCACCUCAUAAAGAGCCACAUAGCCAAUCUUCUCAACCCUAUGGAGGUAACAGACUACACCUCCAUCCUGCUAGUUACCUUGUGGCAUUCAGUACCCCGAGGAAUUCAUGUCCUUUCAUGGCCAGACAGGCUUAUACGAACACCCCAUCUUCUCAGUGACUGUUAAUCUGUGUUGGACCAGGGGUGCUCCCUGGCCUUACUGACUCACCUCAGCUGCUCUCAGUGGGGUGUCCCAGGUGGAAGAGUCCAACCAAGGGACUGGUGACCUCCUGGCUGUUAAUACAAAGUAGCAAUAAUGUUAACUGUGGGCAUUGGAAACUGUGUGUUUCACACCAUGUGUGUCAUAAUUGCUACACUUUUUAGCAGUUGUAUAUUGUGUAAAUAUUGUACAUUUUUUUUGUUUAUAAUUAUUUUGGUACAUGUGAGAUGUAUUUAUUAAAAAACGAUUACUGUA